UCUAGGUCGGAUUCUAGGUAUAUUAUGAAGUAGAUCCGGGGAACGGGAGAGUACCCGUUGGCCCUCCUUUAUUAUUUGUUUGUAUGUACGUCUGUACCUACCUAGUACUUACUACCUGCCUAACUUUGUGGUAUCGUCCGUUCAUCCUCGAUGCCAUUGACUAUCCUUUCUUUCCCCCUUCUCCAUCCCAGUGCCUUGUUUGCUCUCUCUUGCCGUUCGUUCAUUCGUUCAUUAGCAGCUGUUAACAAACAGCCUUGGUUCGACUCGGCUCCUCUCAGCCGCUGGUUACCGCUGUCAACCGCGUCCGCUGCCAAUUGGCACUACCUAAGCUGCAAUGGGUCUGUUCUCUCGGAAAGAUAAGGCCGCCAGGGCCACCAAACCGUCGUUAUCAACAUCACAGUCCAACGCAUCCCUAAAAUCGGGCACCUCCUCCCUCCAGUCCCCCGCGGCGACGACAACCCACCUCCAGAUCCUAAACCGAACCUCGGGCGGCACCAGCGGCCCAGGCACACCGCUCACCCCUUUCUCCCCCGCCCACCACAUGCCCAAGAUGGACCUCCCCAAGCCCCCCGAUCCGCAGCUGGACCCGGCCAGUUACCUCCGCAGCCUGCCAGCCGUGCGGGAACGAUGCAAGAUCGUGACCGACAAGGCCCUGCGGAACGAUCUGAAACACUUUGAUGUGGACAUGGAGAAGUUCGGCGAUGUGAUCACCUUCGUCGCCAAUAUCAUAAAGAGAGAUUACGAUGCCCCGUUUGCCAGCAUUCCCCCUCAUGGCCGGCAUCAACACUUCGCAGUCGGCGGUCGGGAUCGUAUCGCUCACCUCCUAUCCACCUUCCCCGAGAACGUGGACAAUACGGAGAAGUGCAAGCGUAUGAUCGAUUUGUUUCUCGUCAGCGUCCUGCUUGACGCCGGGGCCGGUACGCACUGGAGCUAUAAGAGCACGGAAAACGGCAGGAUCUACAGACGCUCCGAGGGCAUCGCUGUUGCGAGCUUGGAGAUGUUCAAGACUGGCCUUUUCUCGGGAAAUAAGAGCAACCGACUUCAGGUCGACAAGGAAGGUUUAAGCCAGCUUACCGUCGAGAAGCUCGCACAAGGGUUCCAGUCAAAACCGGGCAGCGAAAUGGCCGGCCUGGACGGCCGCUGUCAGCUCCUCGUGCGAUUGAGCAAGGCCUUGGAUGAGAAGAAGGACCUCUUCGGCGAGGACGGCAGACCCGGAAACAUGCUCGACCACAUUCUCUCUCAUCCCUCAACACAAGCGUCAAGCAUGUUGAUAGUUCCGAUUACCGUCCUCUGGAGCGUCCUCAUGGAUGGUCUCGGACCAAUCUGGCCGGCUUCCCGGACGGCUAUCAACGGCGUUUCCCUAGGGGACGCAUGGCCGUGCAACUCCAUGCCACAAGUGGCCCACUCCCAGUCGAGCCCUACCUUCGCCCCCUUCCCGAAUACGUCCGGACAGUCAAACGGCGUUGCGCCGUGGGAGAGCAUCCUGCCCUUCCACAAGCUCACCCAGUGGCUCACCUAUUCGCUCAUGCAGCCCAUGCAGAGCAUCAUGAAGAUCCACUUCGCAGGCCAGGAGCUGCUCACGGGCCUGCCCGAGUACCGCAACGGCGGCCUGUUCAUCGACCUGGGCGUGCUGACGCUGAAGAAGGCGGAUGAGGAGAGAGGCCUGCGGCACUACAACGAGUACUGCCAGCGGACGGGAGUCAGGGCCGUCGAGGUCGCGCCCAUGUUCGAGCCGGGCGACGAUGUCAUCGUCGAGUGGAGGGGCGUCACCGUCGGCUUCUUGGACCGGCUCUGCUCCGAGCUGAACAGCGUGCUGCGGACUGAACUUGCCGGUAACGAGUUGAGCUUGGCACAGGUCCUUGAGGCCGGGAGCUGGAAGAGUGGCCGGGAAAUCGCCGAGGUCAGCCGACCGAAUACCAAGGAACCGCCGAUUCUGAUCGACAGUGACGGGACCGUCUUCUGAGCUGGCGAGGG